AUGGCAGAAGCAAGAUGUUUACCUACAUUAAAAUAUGUAUCUAUCUUAUUAAAUCCAAUUCCACAAUAUAUGGGUCAAAUGCCAUCUAGUGAUUAUUGUGAUAUGAUUAUACAGGCAUGGGCAUCUGCUAUACCAAAUAUGAUGGCUCUUGAAAAUGCAAAUGCUAGAGAUUUUGAUGAUGCUGUCAAAGUCGAAAUUAUAAAAGGUAAAAUGGCAGGAAAAUAUGCACCAGUACCACCUCAAAAUAAUUUUGUAAAUCCAGCAGUUAAUAUUGAUAGAACUCUUAAAACUCAUUUAUCAGGUGAUCGAGAACUUUAUAGUUGGAUGAGAAAUGAAAAUAUAGCAGAUCAAAACUCUGAUCAAGUACAACAAAAGAAAAAAUCAUUAGCAAAGCAGAAUGACAGUAUUAUAUUACAAUCUAUAGUUUCACAACCAGUAUUUCCCUCAUAUGAUGAAAUGCAAAAAUCAUUUCAAGCUAUGUUAAAAAAACAGAAGGCUGAAUCCAAGGCCGAGAUUGAAAAAUUAAAAACCGAAUUCAAAUCAAAAAUAAGCCAGCAAUCCAAAAAAUCUCACUUACCAAGAGAUCCUAUAUGGUCAAAUCUUUCUAGAGAGGAAGCACUACAAUGGUUAGAUAAAGCUUUUCCUCUACCUAUAGCAAAUGAUAAUGAGGAUGAAGAAGGUGGAUAUAAUAAGGAAGAGAAUAAAUGGCAUGCUCCAUCUUAG